UAAGUCCGCCAAUCUGUUAAAGACUCAUGUUCGCUUUAUCGUACUGUCGUACUGACAUUGUUACAUCGUAGUACAAAAGUCGUCACUCAUAAACCGGAAAUUGGUUUAUUUUUUCAUUCCUAUAUCCGUUUUAUGCUAUAUUUGUAAAACAAUAUAAAAUUUCAUUAUUAAGGUCAUUUUUGCGUUGUGUCGGAUAUUUUUAUCAUUGAAUUUUAUUGGAUUUUAUUCACUUUUCGAAUCAUUUAAUAAUGGAUUGAAAACUUAAAGAUAGUUACUCACCAAACGACAUUUCAACACGAAAAUAAGAUGGUUAAAAGAGUUUCAAAAGAAAAGAAGUGAAACAUGAAUUUGACAAGUAUAGGAAACAAUAGCUGGUCGUCUUCCGACAACAUUUCCACGAGCUAUCACGUUACAUUAUCACAAGGAGACAUAGUAUUUUUUAUAUAUUAUUAUGGGAUAUUUGGUUUGUUAACUUGCAUUAACAUUCCAGGAAAUUUGAUAGUGGUACUAACAGUGUUAAAACAUCACCAACUUAGGCAGCCAUGUAAUUACUAUAUUGCAAGUUUAGCUGUGUCAGAUUUUCUCAUUGGAAUAGUAUACCCCAUUUACAAUAUAUCUCAUCUAGAGAAAGUCAGAGAAAUUAGUGAAAAAUUAGGCAACUGGUCAGUAUGUCGAGUGAUAGUAUGCGAGGUUUUAGCCCUUGAGAUUGGUUCAUCCUAUCAUCUGGUAGCAAUAACCGUUACCAGGUAUAUAGCUAUCGUGUAUCCAUUACGUUACCAUAUAUGGGUUACAACAAAGACUACAACAAUAGCUAUAGCAGUAAUAUGGAUCUUAUCACAAGGAUCAUCUCUUAUAAUGUACACAAUGUAUGAGCCAGAUCGGCCAGUGAAGUUAUGCCGUUACGAGAUGAUAUUCCCUGUAACACACGUGAUAAUUCUGUUGGUUAUACAGCUAUUUAUACCAUUAACUGUGAUGUUAGCUUUGUAUGUCAAGAUUGCUAGAAUUGCACGACAACAGGCUAAAGUUAUAGCUAUACAACAAGCAUGUAUCCUCGGUAAUGUAGGGUCGAAGAACGGAAUUAUAAAAAAUGAGCUGAAAUCAACAGUGAUGGUAUCACUCCUACUCGGAUGCUUUACAUUGUCGUGGACGCCAAUGAUUAUAUUCUUUUUCUACACGAUUACUUGUAGAAACCAACCUUGUACCACCAACAGAUAUAUCAGGGCAACCGUUCGAAUUCUGUUGUAUCUCAACUCCUCCGUUAAUGUGUUUAUCUAUGCUGGGAGGCUAACAGAAUUCCGUAAGCGUAUAAAGGCUGACAUGAGUAGAUGUUUUAACAAGUGCUUCCCUAUAUGGAGAGUUAAACCACUGAAGAAAACAAACACCGAAAUGAAUCUAGUCUCGUCUUCGUUAUCCAGAAUAACAUUGAAUGGCCCAAUGGACGCCACUCUGGAAACUGAACAUGUGUCAUGAAUUUUAUAUUUUCAUAUUUGUAACAUGCGUUGUGAAUAAACACGACACAUUGGUUGUGUUAUCUAGUGUCAAACAAUGGAACUAAAUAUUCAUAUUUAAAUUUUAGCAACAAAUUACAAAAUUAAGUAUCAUCCUGAAGUGGGGAGGUAACAUCUUAUUCAAAACCGGCAUCUUCCAUUGAUUUUGUUUUACCAAAUUAACUUUGUAGUUGAGGCAGUGAAAUGUUCAAUUUAGGAUUCCCGGAUAUUUUGAUCUCUUGUAUUUAUGGAAAGACAUAGAUUAUCAAUUUGUGCAUCUGGUAAUGUCAUUGUUUUUGAUAAUGUAUUAUUAUGCUUCUUUUCUAUAAUGAACAUUGUUUUUUGUAGAUAUCAGUUAAGGGUUAACUCAAUAAUAAAAAUGAUUAGUAUUAUAUCUUAUUAUAUUUUAUUUUUACCUCUCAACAUACAAGUUUAUUCAUUUAUACUUGCAUCAGGCGAUAAAACUUGAUCUUCAUAUGGACUUAAACAAAACAACAUGAACUAUCAGACAUUUGGAUAGUGUAUGAUAUCUAUCUAUUAACAAUGUAGAUCUUUCAAAAUCAAAUGAACCUAAAUUAAACUCUUAUCCUACAAUAAACAUGCACUUUUGAAACCUUUGAUAUCACAAUAUUAAAUUUACCUUUGAGUAGCGAAAUCUAUGGGUAACACAUCAAUAAAAUAACAACCCUAUACAAACCAAGAUGUAUCGGUCAUACCUGCGCCUGUAUAACGCUUCUGAGUUCUAAGAAAAAUCUAUAUAAUUAUAUUAUUUUUUAACGUUUUAACGAACACUUACUUAAAUAGUAUUUCGGUUAAUGGGUUGUAUUGUACUAUAGUUAUAAAUACAAUUUGUAAAGUACCAAAAUUUUAAUAAACG